UUUGGGCUAAUUGCUUGUAGAUGACGACGAAGUCGAGUUUAGAGUUCAUCAAAAGGGGUUUCUACUUUCUUCCACCAUGCGCUGAUGUGCAGGUGAGGCCAGAGAGAGAGAGAGAUGAAUAGUUGUGAUUCAAUACUGCUACUCCUCUUCUAUUUCACCAUUGUAUCAAGUGUUCAGAUCUUCAACUGCGAUCCUGCUGAAACGUGUGAUACUCCGGCCGGCUUCAACUGCAGUUCUAAUUCAACGUGUCAAGCUCUGGUAGGCUACGCUCCUCCGGUAGAAACUACACUCUCCAGCAUCCAAAGCCUCUUUGGAGUAUCUCAGUUUGAGUCGUUAUUGGGAGCAAACUCGCUCCCACUCUCCACCCCUUUUAACCAACGCGUUACUGCAAAGCAGACAAUCAAAAUCCCCUUUCCCUGUGCUUGCAUCAACGGCUCUGGUAUCUCCAACAGGGUCCCCAUCUAUCCCAUAAAAAUUGCGGAUACCUUCUUUCUCCUCGGCACGAAAAUCUAUGGUGGGUUAGUGACGUACCAGCAGAUCAUGGCCUUCAACAGAGGUAUCAUACCGACCAAUAUCUCAUUAGGGACCACUGUGUGGAUUCCACUUCCCUGCAGCUGCGAUGACGUGGAUGGGAUGCAAGUCGUUCAUUAUGGAAACGUGGUAACUUCGAAUAGUUCGAUAUGGCAGAUAGCCCAGGAGUUUGGAACCACACCAGCUACUUUGACGAGACUCAAUGGGAUCUCCGAUCCCGAUCAUAUUUUGGCGGGCCAAGUUCUUGACGUUCCUCUUAGAGUUUGUAGGAGCAAUGUAAGAAACGAUUCGUCAGACUAUCCUUUAGUCGUUGCAAAUGGCACCUACACCUUCACAGCCAACAAUUGUGUUCGGUGCAGAUGUGAUUCUUCAUACAAUUUUACAUUGCAAUGUGAGCCUUCUGACGUAGUAGUGCAAGGCUCGUAUCGAUGCCCUCCUUUGCAAUGUAAGGAUGCAAAUGCAAGCAACUUGUACCUUGGGAAUUUCACAACUACUUACCACAACAAAGGGAACGUCACUACUCAUACCAAUUCCAUUUGUGAACGCACUCUGUGUGCCUACGCUGGAUACGACAAUAACAGUAACACAAUCUUCACAACUCUCGUUAAGGAUGAUUUCUGUAAUGUAGAGGCACCUGCAUCACGACCUAAUAUGCCAGAUGAGAACCACAGCAAGAAGAAACGAGUUAUUCUCAUAAGCAUUGGUGUGCUGCUGCCUAUACUGAUACUUCUCUCGGGCAUGACAUUUUAUAAACGGAAGACAAAGAAGAAGUCAGGAAAAUAUGGUAAUACUAAAAAUAACGUUGAAAGCUCAAAUGAAGACCUAGAAUUACCCUCGUUUGAUUUGACUAUUAUAGCAGAUGCCACAAAUAACUUCUCUUCUGCCAAUAAGAUUGGAGAGGGUGGCUUUGGUCCUGUUUACAAGGGUGAAUUAGUAGAAGGGCAAGAAAUAGCAGUGAAGAGGCUUUCAAAGAACUCUGGACAAGGACUGAUCGAGUUCAAAAAUGAGGUCAUAUUGAUUGUCAAACUCCAGCAUCGGAAUCUUGUGAGGCUUCUUGGUUGUUGCAUUCAAGGCGAAGAAAAGAUGUUGAUCUAUGAGUUCAUGCCCAAUAAAAGCUUGGACUAUUUUAUUUUUGAUGACAAAAGAAGCAAAUCACUAAAUUGGGAAAUGCGAUUCAAUAUUAUUGGUGGAAUUGCAAGGGGGAUUCUUUAUCUUCAUCAAGAUUCUAGGUUAAGAAUAGUCCACAGAGAUAUCAAAGCCAGCAAUGUUUUGCUAGAUAAUGAGAUGAACCCAAAAAUAUCAGACUUUGGCAUGGCAAGAACAUUCAGAGGAAAUCAGACCCAAGAUAACACAAAUAGAGUGGUUGGGACAUAUGGCUAUAUGCCCCCAGAAUAUGUAAUUGAUGGACUCUUCUCAAUGAAGUCUGAUGUCUUCAGUUAUGGUGUAUUGGUACUGGAGAUAGUGAGUGGCAUGAAAAAUAGAGGGUUUUAUCAUCCAGAGCACCACCUUAAUUUUAUUGGUCAUGCAUGGAGGCUUUGGAACGAAGGGGAUCCCUUAGAAUUGAUCGAUGCAUCACUGAGGGAUUCAUGUACUUUGUCUGAAGUGCUACGGUGCAUCCAUGUGGGUCUCUUGUGUGUGCAACAAAACCCAGAAGAUAGGCCAACCAUGUCUUCUGUGAUAUUGAUGUUGGGCAGCGAAACUGCAAGUUUACCACAACCCAAACAACCAGGUUUCUUUACAGAAAGAAAUCCAGUUAAGGAUGAGUGUUUAUCGAGUAAACAAGAAUGCUCCACAACCAAUGAAAUUACUGUAACGUUGUUGGAUGGUCGAUAGGCCAUGCAAUAUUAACGCUAAAAUGUGUAUAAGAUUCUAUCAUUCUCCUUUUGAUUUGUAUAUUUGAAGUUAACAUUCUCUAAAAGUAAGAAUUAAUGUGUUUUGUUGAGAUCA